CACCUCAUUUAGGUGGAAGCGCUGGUUAAAAUUUAAACCCAAAGAGUUGUUUAAGCUUACUACUUUAGCUGCACUUCAAAGUCCACGGGAAUGAAUUAGGGUUUUCACAGUUUAACCUGGCGCUUUAGGGUUUUUAUUGACGUUUAGCCUUGGAGAUACUCGGUUGCAGGUUUAAUGGCGUGCACGUUGGAUUUCAGGCGCCUAGACGAAGGUCUCGGCGGCGAAAGAAACAAGCGAAAACGAUCAUCGGAAGAAGACCAGCAUAGCAAUGAAAUUCCGAUGGAAAUAGAGCAACCCUCGGCCAAGCGUGCCGCUAUAACAGUCGAAGGCCAAGACAAACCAGUGUACGGAAAACCCACAUACGACGGCGUUAUUGCAGGUAAGGUCUCCGGCCGCAAAUGGAAGCAGCCAAAGCAGACGCGUGCAUCUGCAAUUAGGGUUUCUCACAAGCGCUCCACGUUUGAAGAGAGGGCGAAGCUUAAACAAAUCAAGAAGGCUCACCAGGAGACGAUUAAUGAUCUCAAGGAACAGAUUAGGUCUAAUAAGGCUGAAAAGAGGAAACUUAGGGAGGAGAGGGAGAAGAAGAAGAAAGAGAAUGUGUUAAAGUCGGGGAUGAAGUUGCAGAAGAUUACUAAUCCUAAGACAUUGAAGAAGUUGUCCAAGUCUAAGAAGAAGAAGCAGCUUAUGGUGGUGCCGGACGAAGUUAUGCGGAAAUAGUUCUUUUCUUUAGGGGUUUAGGGUUUUUUGGGCGUGGAAAAAUAUGAGUUGAAGUUGCCUAAAUUCUGCAAGGAGAACAGGUAAUGAGGUUUUUAUGUUUUGGUAAAGGGAUGUUUAAGGUUUAGAAAAUGUAAUAUUUUUAUUCAGAUCUCCUUGCCAUCUUCCUCAGCUAAGGUGAUUUAUCUUGAUGAUAAGCCACGAUAUGUUGCUGAAAGUGUCAAUAUGAGAUCUUCUGCUUUGUUAUUUAUUUUUAAUCAAAAAUCUGCUUUUUUAACAUUGUGGAAAAUAUGAAAUAGAUGAGACGGUAUCGUAUUCCUUUC